GCUACAAAUCCCCGGCUGAACAAUACAAAAAGUAUCCAAUGAUUUUGAUACUAAUAACUUACAUUUACAUUACAUUUUCGUCAUUUAGCAGAAACUUGAUGAAUGGAGAGCAGUAACAGUCUCAGUGAACAGAAGGGGGUCCUGCUAUGAUGGCUCAAGAGUACUGCUGUGCCUCGGCAGAUGAGGGAGCAGAGAACGGCCCACAUGUCCCCUUAGUGUUGGAGAGAAGGGAGAAGGAGAAGGACAAUUGGAGGACAGCCGUUUCACACCAACUGAAAAAGCAGUGCACAUGCAGCUCAGAGCGAGCCAAGGCCCAGGUUCUAGGGUUCAUCCCCAUCCUAAAAUGGCUGCCACGCUACCAGCUCAAAGACUGGAUCCUGGGUGAUGUCAUGUCAGGGUUGAUAGUGGGCAUCCUGCUGGUGCCCCAGUCCAUAGCCUAUUCUCUGCUGGCAGGCCAGGACCCUAUCUACGGCCUCUAUACCUCCUUCUUCUCCAGCAUCAUCUACACCCUGCUGGGCACCUCACGCCAUAUCUCUGUGGGCAUCUUCGGGGUGCUGUGCCUGCUGGUGGGCCAGGUGGUGGACAGGGAGCUGGCGCUGGCAGGGUACAUCACAGAGAGUAGCAGUAGCAACGCUACCCUGGGUCUGGGCAUGGGGAACAGCACCGGAGGGCCGGUCUGUGAUAGGAGCUGCUAUGCCAUCAUGGUGGGGGCCACAGUCACCUUUACAGCAGGGGUCUACCAGGUGUUGAUGGGCCUCCUGCAGGUGGGCUUUGUAUCCGUGUACCUGUCAGACUCCCUCCUGAGCGGCUUCGCCACGGGGGCCUCUCUCACCAUCCUUACCUCCCAGGUCAAGUACCUCCUGGGACUGCAGCUGCCCCGCGCCCAGGGCUGGGGCACCCUCAUCAAGACCUGGGUCAGCCUCUUCCAGAACCUGGGCCAGACCAACCUCUGUGACCUGGUCACCAGCCUAGUGUGCCUGGCAGUACUGGUCCCCACCAAGGAGCUCAACAACCGCUUCAAAGCCAAGCUCAAAGCCCCCAUCCCCUUUGAGCUGUUCGUUGUCAUCGCUGCCACUCUGGCCUCCCACUUCGGCCACUUGGAGGAGGAGUAUGGCUCGAAGGUGGCCGGCACCAUCCCCACGGGCUUCCUGCCCCCCCAGCUCCCGUCCUGGUCUCUGAUCCCCAACGUAGCGGUAGAUGCCUUCUCUAUAGCCAUCGUGGGCUUUGCCAUCACCGUCUCCCUGUCUGAGAUGUUUGCCAAGAAGCACGGCUAUGUGGUGGAUCCCAACCAGGAGAUGUACGCCAUAGGCUUCUGUAACAUCCUGCCCUCCUUCUUUUGCUGUUUCACCACCAGCGCUGCCCUGACCAAGACCCUGGUGAAGGAGUCUACAGGCUGCCAGACUCAGCUGUCUGGCCUGGUCACGGCCCUGGUGCUGCUGCUGGUGCUGCUGGUCAUCUCCCCUCUCUUCUACUCCCUGCAGAGGUGUGUGCUAGCAGUGAUCAUCUUGGUGAACCUCCGGGGAGCUUUGCUUAAGUUCACAGACGUCCCACGGAUGUGGCGCGUGAACCGCUUGGACACCGCCAUCUGGCUGGUGACCAUGGCAACCUCAGCUUUGAUAAACACAGAGCUAGGCCUGCUGGUUGGGGUGAUGGUCUCAGCAUUCUGUGUGUUGGGGCGCACUCAGAGAGCCCAGGCCUUAGGGCUGGGCCGGGCCGGCCAACGGGAGCUUUAUGAGGACCUGGCCUCCUACAAGGGCCUGCAGACCCAGCCUGGGGUGGCCAUCUUCCGCUACGAGGCGCCCAUCUACUACGCCAACCAGAGCCUGUUCAAGAAGGCCCUGUACCGCCACCUGGGCCUGGACCCCGUCAAGGAGAAGGCCCGGCGCAGGAAGCUGGAGAAACAGAGGAGAAAGCAAGAAGAAGCAGCCAUGACGACAGGAGGGGAGGGCGGGACUAAGGGUAAAGAGAAAGAGUUGACUACCACCACCAAAGUCUUCCUACCAAAUCAAGUCAACUUCCACUCUGUGGUGAUAGACUGCAGCCCGGUGCUGUUCCUGGACACAGCAGGGGUCAAUGCGAUGAAGGAGGUGUGUAAGGAUUAUAAGGAGUUGGGGGUACAGGUGUUCCUGGCCCAGUGUAAUACCUCAGUACUGGAGUCACUGGACAGAGGUGGCUACUACCCAGAGAAGGGUAUGGGAGAGAAGGAAAGAGUGUUUUUCACCAUCAGUGAUGCCGUCCUCUACGCACAGAGCCUCUCAUCUCAGAAUGGAGAGUGUGACACAUCCUGUUAACAAGAGCUUUAACGAUUGUAAAUCUACAGAAACAUAUCUUUAUACACAACAUAGACAAAUAUACAAUAUCUAUCUCAAACAACAGCAAUCACAACCAAUAUUGUUAUUGUGCCUUACAGGAACAUAUGUAAAUGUCUCCAAAAAGAUGUGCUUUUUUAUAGACACUUAUUGCAGGAUUACAGAUACUUUGAACUGAAAGUUGAAUGUCAUGUUUACAGUAUAGCUAUGUAAUCUUCAUCUUUGAUCUUGUCAGACUGUGAACCAAAAUGAACUUUCUGUUACAAUCUCAUCUAAGACAGAAUGUGUUGUCAUGCAUUGUCAAGUUUUAGGAGGCUUAUUUUAAAGCAAUGUUCGGAGAUGGAUUUGGUCCUCUGGCUGUGGCACCAUGAUUUAGCACCCAAUUUUUUCCCUCCAUGUUUGUUUCUUGUGCAAACAGUGCGAAUGUUACUGUUGUUGACACUUUCGAUCCUUUGUUACCACAGCAAAAGUAGAGCUGGCGUCAACAAGAUUAAUGGUUAUAGUGUAAGAGGGUGUUAUCUAUUUUGAAUGCGGAAUGAGAUUGUGUCAGUUAUAAAUUAUACAUGAUCGUUUUUCAGCUGCAACUUGUAGUGAAGUAGUGAUUGAUAUUGUGUUGUCUUAGCUUUCUGGAAUGUAAGAAGUUUAUUCACAGUAGAAAAAAAAAAAAAAAUUGUAGAAAAACACCUCUAUUGACCAAUUACAGCCUUCCAGACUGCUGCUCAGGGACACUCCCAGAAUCCUUCACUCCAGCCAGUUUAGGCCAUGCCAGAAGUUUUCAGUAACUGAGAAAGUUUCAGUUUAUCAGUCCAAACGCAAAGUUUUAUUAACAUUUUUAAUCAAACAGCCUUUGUGCUUUCAGGGGUUUUGAUACCUUAAUGCUGUAUGUUUCAUUUUUAUUUGGUAUUUAUGUUCUUAUGGUUGUUUAGCCAUAGCAGUAUAUAUUUAUGUCUGCAUUUGACUAAAGUUAUACUAGAGUCAGUAAUCAGUGCUGUGAAAGAGUGUUACCAUCUGCUUUAGUUUAUUGUAGUUGUAAAACUGUUAUAUUUGCAUGUAGAAUAUAGAGACAAUCAAUGUUGAGGUCAUACGAGAUCAUCUGAAGGGAAAUAUCUAUUACUGGAAAUUGUAAAUGUAUUCUUGUACUUUCAAGUGCCUCUGAAAUUAAAUCAUAUAAUGUUUUAUGAAGUGCCUUUCUGAAUGACCCUAUAUUUAUAU